CUAUCUCUUCUCUUUCUCGUUCUCCAACAUCCUAGUAGAACAAGAUAUCCAUUACUUAUUUUUUUCCACAAAUCACCAAUUUUUCCACACACACAAAAAAAGAAAAUAAAAUUCCUCAAAACUCAAAAUCACCAAUCUUAAAAAAUUUCAAUUUUUCUGAACACCCCAAAUCAAAAAACCCAAUCUUUUCCACUUUUUCAUCAAUCUCACAUCUCACACUCCAAAUUGGUGUGAGUAUUUUCAAAAGGGUUUUCUUUUUCUGGGAUUUACAAACCCAUCAAAACCAGAAAAGAAAACCCAACAACAAUAACACAAACAUCACAAUAAUGAAGAAAUUGAAGAACUAUUACAUGCAUUUCAGAAACCAUAAUCAUCAUCAUCAAGAACGUAAAUGGAUUUUUCUACUUUUAAUCGGUUCAAUUCUCUCUCUUUUCCUUCUUUUCAUUGCAACACUAACAUCACCACAAGGCACACACAUUCUUCCAUUCUACCGUUCAAUUUCAGCUUCUUAUUCAGUUUUUGUUGAAUCUAAGCUUCACCCUUUACCAAUUUCAACCUUCCCUCCACCACCACGUCUUGCUUAUCUUAUCUCCGGCUCCGCCGGUGACGGUGGUUCUGUCAAAAGAGCACUUCUUUCUAUGUAUCAUCCACAUAACCGUUAUGUUGUUCAUCUUGACCUUGAAUCUUCACAACAGGAACGUUCGGAUCUGUUUGAGUUUGUUAAGAAUCAUGAAUUGUUUCAGAGAUUUGGGAAUGUUAAGAUGAUUACUAAGGCGAAUCUGAUUACUUAUAGGGGUCCUACUAUGGUUGCUAACACUCUUCAUGCUGCUGCUGUUUUGUUAAAGGAAUGUGGUGAUUGGGAUUGGUUCAUCAAUCUUAGUGCUUCUGAUUAUCCACUUGUUACUCAAGAUGAUCUGCUGCACACGUUUAGCUACUUGCCACGCGAUCUUAAUUUCAUCGAUCAUACUAGUGACAUUGGAUGGAAAGAUCAUCAGCGAGCGAGGCCUAUAAUCGUUGAUCCGGGGUUGUACAUGAAUAAGAAGCAAGAUGUGUUUUGGGUUACACAAAGGAGAAGUAGACCAACUGCUUUCAAGCUUUUUACAGGUUCGGCGUGGAUGGCACUCUCAAGAUCUUUCAUCGACUACUGCAUAUGGGGAUGGGACAACUUACCACGAACCGUUCUCAUGUACUAUUCAAAUUUCAUAUCUUCGCCCGAAGGAUACUUCCAUACAGUUAUUUGCAAUGCUCAAGAUUUCAGGAACACAACUGUGAAUAGCGAUCUACACUUCAUUUCUUGGGACAAUCCUCCAAAGCAACAUCCUCACUACCUCACAGUUGCCGAUAUGAAAGUUAUGGUUGACAGCAAUGCUCCCUUCGCAAGGAAGUUUCACAGAAACGAUCCAGUAUUGGACAAAAUCGACGCAGAAUUAUUAUCCCGAGGUUCUGGAAUGCCUGUUCCCGGUGGUUGGUGCAUAGGAAGCAGAGAGAACGGAACCGACCCUUGCUUGGUAACCGGCAACACUACAGUCCUUAGGCCAGGCAAUGGUUCGAAAAGGCUCGAAACGUUGAUCAGCAAGUUGUUGUCGAAUGAAAAUUUCCGACCUAGACAAUGUGUAUGAGACGAACCAAACCGCCACGCAAAAGAAAAUGGUCUUGUUAGAGUUUUAUUUACACUUCCACUUGCUUUAGUUUAUUAAAUCUGUGCACGAUUAGUUAGCAUGAUCAAUUAAAAUUAGUGUUUCUUUCUAUUAGAAGAAAGAAAAAUAGUGGAAAUUAUACAUGUUUGUUUAUUGUCUUUGAUUUUGGUGAAACAAAAAAGAAGAGACAAAUCUUGUGAAAAAUUAAAUUUGAUUAUUACAAGGUUGUUGAAUCAUGCACUGUAACAAUAGUAUGGUGUAUAUGAUACAUGAAUCAUGAUUCUGUCUUACUUUGACUUCAAUCAAAGAUUAUUAGUGACCACUUAUUUGAAGAUUC